GUUUGUUACUAGUUAUUAUUAACUAAAUUUAACGUAGGUAUGUCAUUGUACAUAGGAUUACGAGAAAAAACUUUGGUUUUCAGCCUCAACUUUGAAACCUCAUAAGUCCUCAAAACAUGGAAUCUGUUUCGGGCGCUCAAAAGAACACGAAAAAAAACUAACAAAAAGAGGAAAAAGGAAAAAUCAAUGAACAGAAGCUCCCAUGGAUUUCAUCAUCUUUCACUUCCUAAGUUCACCUCCCGCAAUUUAUAAUCAACCAAUUAUACCAUCUUUAUUGAUUCUUCACCUCCACUUCAAUCCUUGUAUAAAGAAACAAUAGAUUCAAAGGUUUAAAAAAGCUAGGAAAAAAACAUUCCCAAAAAAACAGGGAAAAAGGGAAGAACAAAAAAAUAAAAAAUCCCCAUUUCUCCCAAGUUAUGGGAAGGGAAUUUCCUCAAGGCCAGGAUCAAAAUGCAGUAGAAAUCCAUCCAUUCUUAACAAUCUCAUUGUUUAUAGCAAGCGUCGCCGCCACGGUGGCCGUGGUUUCGUCUCUAUGCGGCGCAUUAUCCCGGAAAAAGACCCUGACUUCCCCUGUUCCUGUCCAGAAUCAGGGGAAGAUGGAAGAAAACAGAGAUAAUCAUAACAUUCACGUUUCCCCCGCCCGAACGGACGAUAACAUUUCUUCUAAUAACUAUGGAUCGCCGGCUAUGGACUAUUCUUCUGCUUCCCCUGAUGACCGGAACGAAGAAUUCUUGCAGCAACCAUUGCCGCCGCCGCCGGGGAAACAGAAUUUGAAAGGUCCGGGCGCGGCUUCUUACCAUGUCCGGUCGAAUUCGACGGCGUCAAACUCGUCGAAAUCAUCCCAGUUGAAGAAAUUGCCAACAAGCAUGAGUAUGAGGGCGUUGGGAAGUGGGAUUGGAUCGAAGCUGUUAUCCAGAAAGGAUCACGACAGUAAUAAUGGCGAUGAUAAUAACCAGAACAGGAAGAACAGAGACAAGAAAUUGAAACACGAGGAUUCCAUCUGGAAGAAAACGAUUAUAUUAGGGGAGAAAUGCAAAGUCCCUGAUGAAGAUGAUGAGGAUGCGAUUCUUUAUGACGAGAAAGGGAAUCGGAUCCCGGCGUAUCAUCGGAAGACGACGUCUGUGGCUUUGUCCAGACAGAAUUCCGGCAUUGAUCUGGAUGCAAUUCCGAGUAGUAGUACAGUUGAUCAGAUGGGACCGAGAGAUGAAGCCUUAAGAAAUGCAUUUGUAGGAAGUAACUAAAUUUAACACUACAUGUUGAUUUUUUUUUUCCUUCCUUGAUUUUGAAAGAAGAAAAGGUGGUUUCUUCAUUCCUUUCGUGCUGAUCUAAAGCUUGGGAUUAAUUGCUGGAAAAUGAAGUGAACUUCUUCUGGAACUCAUUUGUUCGAACUAAUUCCUUAAAAGUUUAAUAAGGAUAAUGCGAGAUAAACCAAAUACUGCAAUUGUGUUUUUCACACGGACUAUAGCAAGAACUCCUGUGUUGCGAC